AAAACAGUUCCCCGAAAACUGAAAUGAAAGCAACAGCGCCACUGAUAUCCAUAGAGCACAACAAUGGCCGCCGGCGGAGCCAGCAGGAACGCCGCGGCCAACUCGGCCACUAAGCAGAGAACCAAACGCCGGAGAAAUCCCCUUCCCGACCACCAUCACCCCCACGACCUCUCUCAACUCAUACCCCUCGCCGCCUCCGCCGCCGCCGCCGCCCACUCCUUCCUCACACAACACGACCUCCACCUCCUUCCCUCUCAAACCCUAGCCAUCGAAUCUUUAAUCUCCUCCGCCUCCCUCUCUCUCUCAACCCUCUUCUCUCUCCUCAAUAAACCUCGGCCGCCGCUACCUCUGCCUCCCGCUCCCGCAUCCGCACCGCCCUGCUGGUUCCAUCGCUUCCUCUCCGCCACCGGCGCCACUGACUACGAUGCCCGAUGGGCCGAAGCGUUUCGAAUGUCGAAAGCUUCGUUCACGCUCCUUCUCAGACUCCUCACCCCCUCGCUCGGCUGCCUCUCGCCGAUUCCGCCGAACUACGCGCUCGGUGCCGCCCUUUUCCGGCUGGUCCACGCCGCCUCGUACAAGGCCGUCGCCCGCCGCUUCAUGCUUGACUCGGCCACCGCCUGCCGCGCAUUUUACAUGGUAUGCAAGGCGAUCACUGAUAAAUUGGGUAAUUUAUUCGAGUUUAGAACCGAUAUCAACCGAAUUGUGGUAGGAUUUGGGUGGAUUUCGCUUCCCAAUUGUUGUGGCGUUUUAGGGCUUGACCAAUUUCAAAUUGAAGGUGAGGCUUUGGGGGGAAAUGGAGCUUUGUUGGUUCAGGCAUUGGUGGAUUCAGAGGGAAGGUUCUUAGACGUGUCAGCCGGUUGGCCAAGUUCAAUGAAACCCGAAGCAAUCCUCCACCAAUCGAAACUGUUUUCGGGCAUUGAGGAAUCCAGGGAGUUGUUGAAUGGGCCAGCUUUUGAGCUCAGUGCUGGCAAUUCAAUCCCCCAAUACAUUUUGGGGGACUAUUGUUUCCCUCUCUUGCCAUGGUUGCUUACUCCUUAUGCUAAAUCAGAUAGUGAUAAUGUGUGGAAUUCCUCAGAAAUGGCAUUCAAUUCUGUUCAUAGCCGCGGAAUGGAGCUGGUUGGGAUGGCAUUUGGGCAACUUAGGGGGAGAUGGAAGCUCCUAUCAAAGAGGUGGAAGGAGCAAUGCCUUGAGUCUUUCCCUUUUGUCAUUGUGACAUGUUGUUUGCUGCACAAUUUCCUUAUCAAGUGUAGCGAGGCGCUGCCUGAGGAGAAUUUGGAAUACUUGGGGGACCAUCAACUUCCCUCGUUUGAAGGAGAGGCGGAUGAGAAUGGGAAGAGGAUUAGGGAUGUGCUUGCUGCACACUUGAACCGAAACUGGGAGCCACUCACAUGCUGAUUCAACUCAAUUUCAAUCACUUGUAUAACUGGGGAACAAAUUGAUCUCAGGUGCAUGGAGGUAUAUAUCCAUUCCUCUCUUUCUUGUUAGAUACCCCUUUCCUUCUUGGUGUUUUAAGGUGGAAAUGGAUUUGCUAAAGAUUAGCACUGAAAUUUUAUGACCUCUGUGUGUCAUCUCAUCUCAUCUUCUUCAAAAACAAAAAGGAGAAGAAUUUAUGUUGUUUGAUCCAAUGAAUUUUAUUCUUGUUGUCACUUACCUAACCCAACCCUUCUCAUUUAUUCGGCCUUGGGACCAGCUAUCGGCUGUGAUAGGUUGGCUCUUCUACAACAACAAUACACUAAGCCUUUAUCCCGCUAUGGUUUGGCUCUUCUACAUUGCUAAGAACAUUAUGUGUUGCCAUUCAAAUUUGAGGGAUAAUGUGAUCCGUUCCUGGAGGAACACCCUGGAUUUGAUUGGAUAUUUUUACUGAGGAUAGAAGUUUCUCCUUGAAAAUAAUUUUAGCUAGAUUGCCUUUCUUAUAGAUGGCACAGAGCCAGGAACAGCCACAACGCUAGCCUCUUCUUUAACCAUUUUUGUCCUUACUUAUGCUUCAGUACCGUAAUAAAGAAGAAAAACAAGCCGCUGAUCUUGACAUGCUUUGAGGGUGACUCUUGCGUCAGGAAUUAAACAAUUAAUAGAACAGUUUCUAUGAUCAGGAAUGGAUGAAUGGGUAAUAGUAAGAAUUAUUUGUUUCUUUGAUUAGGCCACUUAUAGGAAUUAUCCAAUAUGACUAAGC